GCACCCCACUACAAAUUGACCGGCGAGAGAGGACUCUGUCAAUAACUCCAGCGACACGACUGCUGCAGUGGACUUACAAACCAGGGCCUGGAGGCAAGAGAAAUCCAUGACCGUUUAACCGUAGAACUGUUUUCAUUGCAGUCAUGCAAGAAGAUAUGACCAGUAACUCCUUCGCUAUGGCGAUGAGUGACCCAAGCCUUCAGCGCAAGCUUGGAACCAUUUGCAUCUUUGGGACGGGUGACUUCGGGCGGUCUCUGGGGAUGCGGCUGUUACAGGCUGGAUACGGGGUGGUUUUCGGGAGCCGGAACCCCAAGAACUCCAGCCUCCUGCCCAAGGGCGCCCAGGUAUUGACCCACAAGGAGGCAGCCCAGACCUCCAUGAUCAUCUUUGUGGCUGUGCACAGGGAGAACUACGAUUUCCUACGACAAGCGGGGGGAGAUCUGACUGGGAAGGUCCUGGUGGACGUUAGCAACAACCUGAAGAGGAACCAGUACCCAGAGUCCAACGCAGAGCACCUGAACCAUUUGUUUCCGGCAGCUUCCGUGGUCAAGGCAUUCAACACGGUCUCUGCCUGGGCACUGCAGUCUGGCGGGCUGGAUGCGAACCGGCAGGUCUUAAUCUGCGGUGAUAACGACGAGGCCAAACAGAUGGUGGUGGACAUUGCUCAUGGUCUCGGCCUCACCGCCCUGGACAAAGGCUCUCUCCGGGCAGCCGGGGAGAUCGAAGACUACCCCCUCCAGCUCUUCCCUCUGUGGAGGCUCCCAGUGGCCGUGGCCACAGGCCUCAUCGCCGCCUUCUUCUUCUAUGUCCUCACCCGCAACGUCAUCUACACGGCCGUCACCGACGGGAAGGACAUCUCCUUCCGGAUAAUGGUUUCCCUGGCCAACAAGGUGUUCCCCAUCGUCUCGCUCAUCAUGCUGGGCCUGUGCUACCUUCCCGGAGUGAUGGCAGGAUUCCUGCAGCUCUACAACGGCACCAAGUACCGCCGUUUCCCCGACUGGCUGGACAAGUGGAUGCUGUGCCGUAAGCAGCUCGGCCUGGUUGCCCUGGCCCUGGCCUCCCUCCAUGUCCUCUACACCUUAAUCAUUCCCUUCAGGUACUAUGUGAGGUACCGGGUCAACACCUGGGUCAUCUUGCAGAUCAAAGAAAAUAAAACAGAACCAUUUGACAACACCCUGGCAUGGCGCACUGACUCAUACUUCUCAAUUGGGAUCCUGGGAUAUGGCUUAUACAUCCUGUUGGGAAUAACUUCCCUUCCCUCUGUCAGCAACGCCAUUAACUGGCGGGAAUUCAGAUUUGUGCAGUCCAAACUGGGCCACCUAACACUGUUCCUGUGCACAUUGCACACCUUCCUCUAUGGCUGGGACAAGUUCCUGAGACCCUACAAAUGGUACCUACCUCCCGCGUACAUGCUGGCACUGGUCGUCCCCUGCAUCGUCCUCGUCCUGAAGUUUGUGCUCAUCACUCCCUGCGUGGACAGAGCCAUUACCAGGAUACGGCAGGGCUGGGAGAGGAAGCCUGCAGAGUCCAUGGCCAACGGUGAUCCCAAAAGCAAACGGCCACUCAUGCUCUAAGAAAAGCCUCUUAUUCUCGAAUCUUGUCUGUACAUGUCUGUACGUGUUCUGUCAAGCCCUUUUCUGCGCACCAGUUUCUAUGAAGGAGAACAGUGGUAUCCACUUAACUUACAUCGUGAGAAGAUGUCGGACAACGUUUAUUGCGUGCAGUUUACGGUGGCUUCAGGUGCCCAAGCACCUCCUCCAAAGUGCACUUUUGGUUUGAUAAAAAAAAUCUUAUUAUUUGUUCAUUCAAUUUCGUAAAAAAUAUAUUGUGUACAAUACAGUAACUGGGUGCCAUAAUGUUUUACUUUUCUCACUUUGAGCACCUGCUGGUAUGAAGCUAUAACUACUGCAAUAUGGCAAAAAGUAAAAAAUAAAAAUAAUAAUAAACUAAGUACAGUAUGUAAUAAUUUCUGCCCAUCCACAAUUACUUAUGAGUGUGGGCCUCAGUUUGACAACCAACGUUUUGCUUCCAAAAAGAUGAAAAAAAAAAGAAGAAAAAACACAUCGAGAGCUGUCUCUUUUCUGUUUUAAAUUUGAAGAAGCCUGUAAAAUACAAAAAAAAACUUCAUGACCUCAUCAGGAAUAUUUCUUGUAUACUGUAUUAUAUUUUCUGUAAAUAUAUCUGUGUCCCCACCUAUAAAACGUGAUAUUUUAACAUUACAAAUAACUGUUAUACAUUUUGUUAUACAGCACAUUUCUAAAAAAGCAGUAGUCAAAAGGGUCAAAGGACAUGUUAACUUUUUUGUCUUCCUUUGUACAUGAAUUAAAUGGUAAGCAUUUAAACACACAUUAUGAAAGUAUUAAGCCAAGAAUACAAAUAUUUUUACACCCAGUAUUGCUGCUAAGUAGAAAAUGAACAUGUUACAGAGUGGGAUGGCAGGGGGAAAGCUAGGCAAGCUUUCUGCUAAGUUGGCCAGGCAUACCCCAUAUAUCAUAUUGACUCAAUGUGGUUUUAUAUGGGUGAGAUUUCAUAUGGCAUAGUAUGUGCAAUACACAGGGUAAGGCCUCACAACAAAUGUGUACUUUAUGACAAUAACAAAUCUGUGAGCUUUAUGGAAUAAACUCUGUACCCAAAUUCUCCCAAAAUAUGUUUGUGUGUAUCUUUUUAAGUGGGAGCCAUUAAAUUCAAUUGUACAGUGUAUCUGAUGGUGCUGACAUAACUCUCAACCAUUUCACAUUAUGCAGUAUAUUUAUGUAUAUUUCAUUAUAGAUCAUAUUAAGUUUUAGAUUAUAAUAAAGGUUUUACAAACCAUGUCAUUGUUAUCCUUUUGCAUGACACAAAGCACCUGUGAAUCUCAAUCAAUCUAAUAUUUCUAUGUCCCGCUGGUGUUGUGCAUGUAAAAUAAAUUAAAAUCUAUGCUGCA